AUGUCUCUCGCAAACCCCAGCUUCAAAUCUUCCGCUGCCUUCGACAUCAUCAACAGCGUCCUCCAGGCCGACAACGCCGAGCGCCAGAACGCUAUCAAGUCCGCCAAGGCCGUUUUUGCAUUCACCUUGACCAACGAGAAGGGUGAGACCGAGAGCUGGUAUCUCGACUUCAAGGACAAGGGUGUUGUCGGCAAGGGCGCUGCCCCUGAGGGUGGAAAGGCUGAUGUCACCCUCGUCCUCUCCGAUGCUGAUUUUGGUUCCCUCGUCGCCGGUCGUGCCAACGCCCAACGGCUCUUCAUGGGCGGUAAGCUGAAGGUUAGAGGAAACGCCAUGAAGGCCAUGAAGAUGGAGCCCAUCCUCAAGAAAGCCCAGACCAAGGCCAAGUUGUAA